AUCAAUUACGCUUGUUUUGAAGGUAAAAAUCCUUUAUUUUUCAUACAAUUUUUCUGAAGCAAAAAGUCCACCACAUCUCCACUGCCGCAAAAAUUUUAUUUUUGGCGCGAAAUUUCAUGCUAACUAACGACGCAUUGGAUUGGCUGAAAAACGAAUUGAUUGUUUUGCUGACCAAUCAUAAGCUUUGAUAUAAACUGAGUGUUAUGUUUUGGUGGACAGGUCGAGAGAUAAUUCAAAAGAGUGUAAAAUUGAAUAGAUAUGUACACAAGGAGACGGAAAAAUUGUUUUUUAAAUUCAGGUAGGCACUAUAUUUAACAGUUUCUUUAUAUAUCGUACCCUUGAUUUUAUCUCUUUUUCAUUAAGAGGAAAUGCAACAGAUAACGGGUUUAAAACAGCGACAAAAACCCAGAUUAAUUCUCCAUGUCAGGUGUAUCAUGUACAGUAUGGGACCUUUUUAUAAUAAAUUUACACCGCAAAUGAUGUCAGCAAAUGCAGCCCUUGAACCCUAUAUAAACAACCUGCUAUAAAUUCUGCACCUACUACCCACUUAAAAACUACGUCUUGUCAACAAGGUGUGAUAAAAGCAGUUAAGACUUAAUUAUUAAAGAGGCUUAAACCAAGCCUGUCAACUAGGAUAACAAUGCUGUUAUUUAAUUCAUCUAGUUGCAAGAAAAGUUGCCAGUCAUAAUUUGUUUUCCCUUACAAAAAAUGUCUAUAGACCUGGCCUAUAGGCCAACCUAUAGACUCCUAUAGGAAACCAAAAUAGGUUUUUAUAGGCAAAUAGGCUGUAAUAGGCAAUUGGAACAUUUUCUGUAGGUGACCUAUAGGGAUGCCUAUAUAGAGCUCUAUAGGUGCCUAUAAAAGGCUUCUAUAGGGAAUUGGAACAUUUCCUAUAGGCCUAUAGACAUUUUUCGUAAGGACUAUUUAGGGUUAUAACAUGUCUGUGGAGUCUUCAGCUUGGAACAAGUUGCAAAAUUGGAGACAGGCACCUUGCAAAAAAAGUCUAUAUAUAUUAGGCCUGGCCUAUAGGUGCCAACCUAUAGGUUCCUAUAGGAAACCUAUAGGUUUUUAUAGGCAAUUGGAAUAUUUUCUAUAGGUGGCCUAUAGGGAUGCCUAUAUAAGCCUAUAGAGCCCUAUAGGUGCCUAAAGGUUUUUAUAGGGAAUUGGAACAUUCCCUAUAGGCCACCUAUAGACUUUUUUCAUAUAAUUGUUUUUAAGGGUAAUUGUUUUUGUUUGAACUUCCGAACAAAACACUGGUGCAUUUCAAAUUAAUGGUUUAACCCCUUGACAAGUAAAAUCAUCUGGCAUUAGACAGAGUAAAAUAAUAAAGUAGGGUGCAUCAGGAUGCAGUUCGGCUUAAUAGUUAAGUAGCAUCUUGUUGGAACAAACAUGAAGCAAGCAUGCUGUAUGUAUACUAUAAUACACCUGGAUCUGCCCUAACUGAUCAUUUCUGCUUCUAUUUUUUUCUAUCCAGGUUUAAGAUGCCAGUAACAACACGACGUCAAGCAGCCGCCUCUAAAAGCAAUGUAAUUAACAAAAAAGCAAACACAAAAACUAUGGAACCUGAUAGUGAUUCCUGGGAUAUCCCAGAGACAAAUUUAAAAUCAAGUAUCAUCAAAACAUAUUCCAAAAAAAACCCAUUCAGGACAUAUUGGACUUCACAGUCCAAGAAGUUAAAAACUAAUACCCAAGAUUCUCAUGGCGAGUUGUCAAAACCAGGUUGGGAUAAUUUAAUUAGUAUGUGCAUUUGGUUCGAUGUUUUUGUUUUGUUGUGAAUUACUGAAUAGCAAACUGAAGUCAUUCAGUUUAGAUUUUAUUUUAUUUUAUUUUAAAGCCGCAGAUAGUUCUGUUAAACCUCCAAGAACAAAACGAAGUCAAGGAAGGUACAAGGUGUUUGUUAUUUUGUAAAUUAAAGCACUAUCAAAUAAGCUACCAUUCUUACUUUCUCUUGUAAUUUCUUGAAGGUCCCUACCUAUUCCUUAACAGGGCUUAACCCUGACCCUACACCUUUGUUGAGUGUUUUUUUUUUACCUUCAACUCAUAUUUCUCCCUUCCCUUCACCUUGUUCUCCAUUCCUUCCAUUCACCUUACCUUUGUUGAAUGUUUCUUACCUUCUACUCUAUUCCCCCUUCCUACCUUCUCCACUAAUUCCCAUUUCCUUUCCUCCAGUGUUUUUGUACCUUCUACUCUAUUCUCUCCUUCCUACUUUCGUUUUUUACUUCUAUUUUAUUCUUUCCAUCUCUUAUUUCUCUCCUUGCACAUUUCCUUUCAUUUCUUCCAUUCACCCUGCCUCACUGUCUUUUUAACUUCUACCCAAUCCAUUCCCUUCUUCCUAUACAUUUUCCACUCAUUUAUUUUCCCUUCCAUUUCCCCUUCCUGCCAUCCUUUCUUCCCAUUCAUUCCCCAUCUUUGUUUUUCCCUGUCUCCUAACAAUCGACCUUUAUUUCUUCCUAGCUUUUUUCUUUCCCCUUAUGAGUGAAAUUUUGAUGUAGAUAUGCCUGGACAAAAAUUUCAUCACAGCUUGAAAGAGCAUCACAAAAUUAGUAAUAUUCCGAAGUUUCGUUGCGAAAUGUCGUAAAAUGCGGAUAAUAUAGCCUUGUGAAGUUUGCCGAUUUUCAAUCAUUUUGUAUUACAAAUGGGAAUUGAUAAUCAGUUUGAUCAUCUAUCUGUCAGAUUAUCAAUUUCCCGUUUGUAAUGCAAAAUGACUGAAAAACGGCAAACUUCGCAAGGCUAUAGCCUAUACUAUCCGUAUUUUACAACAUUUCGCAACGAAACUUCGGAAUAUUACUAAUUUUGUGAUGCUCUUUCAAGCUGUCCAGGCAUAUCUAGAUCAAAAUUUCACUUAUAAAGGGAAAGGUCUAUUCUUUCACCAGUUCUUUCACCUCUAAAUGCAUCCUUCCCCCCCCCCCCUUAUUUAUCUUUCUUUGCUUUGUUCGUCCUUUCCAUGUUUCCUCCCCUGAAACAUUUCAUCUUAAGUUUGUAUUUCCAGUUUAACUAAGACAACACCAGCCAGCAUUAGAAAAGCACCACCAACAGCAGCGAAAAAUUCCACCCAGACACCAAGCAUAAUAUCCACCACUUCUAUGACAAACGUAAGCACCUUAAGACGUACAAGGAAUCAGACAAGAUUGGCAGUUGAGUCAAUGACAGCAUGCACAAUGUUGGCAGCGAAACCUAGUGAUGGUAACCUCACAGUACAAGAUAUGUCGUUGUGUUCUAUGGUGCAAGUAGGGAUUGUAGAUCUAGAUGAUAAGAUGAUACGAAAUUCAACAGUUCUUGCAGAUUGUCAUAACAUGAAUCAAGAUUUUGUGCCAAAUGAUAUAUCAGCUAUUGAAGGUGAUGUUCCAAACCGUAUAAAAUGAUUAUAUGAAUCGAAAUGAAUUGAAACUUGGAGUCGAACUGAUCGCGUAACGACUCUAACCUGUGCUCCAACGAUCGGGCGCUCUAAUCUGAGUAAAGUACUCAAUUUAUGAGUAAAAGUACUCAAUUUAUGUUCUCAAAUGAACUAUAGUAUAACUGUUUAGACUUUCACGAGAAAUUCAACGAGAAAAUUGAGGUGGUAUCAGACAAUACGAUGUUGAUGUUUCCUUUGUGUUUUGCUUGCGAAUUGUUCAUGUUUUGAGAAAGUAUAUACAGUAUAGGAUAGUAUAGCGGUAUAGUACACAUUGACAUUGCGUUGUUGCUAUAAUUACUGUUGUAUCGUGUCGGAUUCUAGUCCGUUGGGAGUGUUGUAACUAAACAUAUUGGUGAAUCUCUUCAGGACAAAACGAACUUCAGGACACCGUAGUCAGUAACUACAGUGAACGAACGCCAGAAAGUCAGGUAAAUUUUUUAAGGAAUAUUAUUCUCGUUACUGUAAUUUGGGCCUUGUGUUGUAAUUAUAUUGACAUUGUAGCAUGGUGUAGGUAAAUAAUAUUCCAAAGGGCAAAGGUUCACUCUUCUGCACUUGACAUUACAUCUAGCCAAUCCAAACAGCAGCGAAGUCUGUCAAGAAAGUGAGGUUUGACGUUUCUGAGAAAACACCCAAGAACCAAACUAAUCAACCGAGCGCAAAGAGAAACAUAUUCAGAAAGGUUUGUCGUUUUUUGUCUUUUUUUUGUUAAAGACUGAUUGGUACAUAUACAGUACAGGGGAUUGAUUUGACAUAGUACUAUGAAUAUCUGAAAUAGUCUCUCUCUCUCUCUUUUUUUCUAUAUAGACACCAUUUAAGAAUGAAAAGCGCAAAUUAGAUACUGAUCGAAAAUGCCCAAAAACAAGUUCUCCAGAUCCAAAUAAAUACGUUUCAAUGCUCCAUGUAAUUAUCACACUUUUUGAUAUUUUUAUUAAGUGCUUUUAUAGCUGCACUAUUGCACAUGCCGUGUCGAGUUGGUCUUGCAACAUAAGUUUUUAUUAUUCCAGUGCGAAAUAUCCACUCUGCUCAUCGACGAUUACCCGAACAAAAAACGAUCUAGGAAUACAAGAAGUAACCAAAUGACACAAGAUACGGAGAAAUUGUUGGAUUUUGAGGUAAACUGCACUAACUAGACUCCGUACAUGGUCUAUUUCCGUUUCGGAACACCACUACUCACUAGUCCAUUGUAUCAUUAUUGCCCUAGAACAUAAAAUUUGUCAUUGCUUGCCGUUUGUCGUAUCGACUUAUAACCUUUCAGUGUUCCAUCUGGAAUUGGUGAAGUUAUUUCAAACCCAAAAAUAUGUGUCCUCUCAACACUGUCAACAGAUGAAGUGGAAAACAUUAUAAUGUACCCAGCGUAACUUUCCUUCUAACUUUCCAUCUAACUUUCCAUCUAACUUUCCACCUAACUUCCAUCUAACUUUCCAUCUAACUUUCCAUCUAACUUUCCAUCUAACUUUCCAUCUAACUUUCCAUCUAACUUUCCACCUAACUUCCAUCUAACUUUCCAUCUAACUUUCCACCUAACUUUCCAUCUAACUUUCCAUCUAACUUUCCAUCUAACUUUCCAUCUAACUUUCCAUCUAACUUUCCAUCUAACUUUCCAUCUAACUUUCCAUCUAACUUUCCAUCUAACUUUCCAUCUAACUUUCCAUCUAACUUUCCAUCUAACUUUCCAUGGUGCUUCUUCGGUGGCGUAGUAGCAAGCGCCUUUCACCUCUGAGUUCGUGGGUUCGAUUCUCGCUACGGACUCAUGUGAAAAGAGUCAGUCAACGCUCUGCCGAAAGUCGUGGGUUUUCUCCUGGUGCUCUGGUUUCCUACCACAGGGAAAGUUGACAGGCUGGUUAGGAUAAACACAGUCAGAAAGUAAUAUCACAAUUGUUGUAAAGAUAAAAUAAGUCCAGGCUAAGUAUAAGUAAUUAGGUAAGCGUAAUAUACUUGAUGUAAAGCACAUUUGAUCAUAUGCACAUGUAAAUUUGCGCUAUAGAAAUGUUAAUCGUCAUCGUAAUCUUUGAGGCAGUACUUGGCUUGCGAUAGUAAUUAUACUACACGGCAAAAAACGCUCAGGUUGAUGCAAUACUGAUGAAAACAGGAUUGGACAAUGUUUUGCUGCCCACAUUGUUCAAAGCUGUCAACAACAUUGAACAAUAUUGUUACACCCGAUUCAUGCUCAACAGUAUUGUUCAAUAUUGUUGACAAGUGUGAACAACGUGGGCAGCAAAACAUUGUUCAGUCCUGUUGAGCAACGGUCUCGGCGUUUUUUGCCGUGUAGUAUUUUAAUAUACGAAAAUUCUUGAGAUCUGGGAUUGUGAAUCCUCAACUGAACUGUAUGACUUUAUGUGUCGUUCGUUGAUUAAUACUUGCUUCCUUUUUUAAGCCUCUUCCUUUACAGUGCAGUGAAAAUGUUGGAGAGAAUCCAAGAGAUAUCACUCCUGAAACGUGUAAUUCAGUGAAGGUAUAGGUCAGAUUAUAACUAUAUGGUCACAUCAAUCAUAUAUUAAAACGUUUUAUAUAAAUGCAACUAAUAUAAAUACGAGAUGAACAUCAGGAAACUGCACUGAUGAUGAAACCAAUACAAUAUUAAAUAUUUCGAUUUGACAUACUUCUAAAGGGUAAAUUAUUUCUUUGCUAAGCGCUGAACAACUGGCCCAGGUUUUUAAAGUGCGACUAACCACUAAUAUGAUUUUUGGUACUGUAUGUGUAAUGUGAUUUUUGGUAUGAUUUUUGGUAUGUGUAAUGUCAAAGUUUCCGGAUAUGAUGUCAAUAGGUAAACUACAAAUUAGUUUUCCUUUGUUUUUUGUACCAAAAAUUCACCUAAUGACAUCAUAUCUGGAACUUUGACAGUAUAUAAAUAUAUAUUACAUUUCUUCUUACACAUACCAAAAUUUAUAUUUGGGGUUAGUCACACUUUAAUCAUCUGAACUUGACAGCUCAGGUUUUGCUGAGGAAUAAUCAAUAAUGAUGAGAUUGUUCAAUGUCUUUGUAUUUCAGGCGCAAACUAACAGUGCCAAAAGAAGGCGUAGACUUUGCUACCAUCCUGAGGAGGAAGAGAUUCAAGCCUGCGUUCUCCUGGAUCAUUCUGCCAGCAAAACUAAAAAGAAAAGCAGGUUUUGGGUUGGGAAAAAUCUACAUUUUGUUUCUAUUAAAGAAUUGCAAUCAUUUCCAGAUGACAUUCUAUUAUAAAUUUGUUUGAUAUAAAAACGUUUAAACUAUAACAAAUAAAUAUAUAUAAAAUAAUUAUAUGAUCGUAUUCGAUCUCAUUUGAAUAUUCCGAACUAUUUAUAAAUUUCGAAACUAUUUAUAAACUAUUUAUACAUUUUUUCUCAGCAAGUUAUAUAGAACUAAAUUAAGAAAUUGUAAACAAAAAUGUAAAGAUAUAUUUAUUGCAAAAAUAUUGUAAAGUUUACUAUCAAUAUAUUUAAACUGUGAUUUAAAGUGCCGCCAACCAGUCCUAAAUCUGAUUUUUAGUAUCUAUAUUUAGUGGUUGGAUUAUUCUAAGAAGAAAUGUAAUAUCUUUUUACAGUAAAAAGCAC